AUGAAGGCUGCCUAUUUUCUAGUUUUCUUUUUUCUCUUCUCCUCCUUCUCAUCUUUCUCUUCUGCUCUAACUGAUGCUGAAGCGUCCUUCAUUGCCCGCCGCCAGCUCCUACAUUUUCAUGCAGGCCAUGACCUGCGUGGCGACCAUGAAUAUGAAGUUGAGGUGAACUUGAAGUUUCCACAUUCCAGGCUUAGACGUGCAUACGUUGCACUUCAAGCUUGGAAAAAGGCCAUAUAUUCAGACCCUAUUAAAACUACUGAGAACUGGGUCGGUGCUAAUGUUUGUGCUUACACUGGAGUAUUUUGUGCCCCGGCUCUUGAUGACCCACAGUUAGAGGUUGUGGCUGGCAUUGACAUCAACCAUGCAGACAUUGCAGGGUACCUUCCUGUUGAAUUAGGCAUGUUGAGUGACAUUGCCGUGUUCCACAUCAACACGAACAGGUUCUGUGGUAUCAUCCCUAAGAGCUUUGCUAGGCUAACUCUUCUCCACGAGCUCGACGUUAGCAACAACCGCUUUGUGGGAUCGUUCCCGGAGGUGGUCCUGCAAAUUCCAAACCUCAAGUACCUUGACCUCAGGUUCAAUGACUUUGAGGGGAAAUUGCCUCCUGAGCUCUUCAACAAGGAAUUGGAUGCCCUGUUCUUGAACAACAACAGGUUCACAUCCACCAUCCCUGACACUCUUGGCAACUCCCCCAUCUCUGUUCUUGUGGUCGCAAACAAUCAUCUCGAGGGCUGCAUCCCUAAUAGCAUUGGAAAAAUGGUAAACAAUUUGAAUGAGGCCAUCUUCUCCCACAACAAGUUUGCUGGGUGUUUGCCUCCUGAAAUUGGGUACCUCUCAAACGUGACUGUGUUUGAUGUUAGUUCAAACACAUUGAGUGGGCUCCUGUCCAAGACUUUCAAAGGCCUUGAGAAGGUGGAGGAGUUGAACAUUGCACACAACAUGCUAACUGGGUUUGUUCCCAAGAGUCUCUGCAAAUUGCCUAGCUUGGGAAAUUUUACGUUUUCCUACAACUACUUCAACGGCGAGGAUCAAGAAUGUGUGCCACCUUCUCGGAAGGACACACUGUUUGAUGACACAAGCAACUGCUUACCAAAUAGGCCUAAGCAGAAGUCAGCAAAACAAUGUCAAGUUGUGGUGAACAAGCCAGUGGAUUGUGGCAGGGCAAAGUGCGGAGGUCGACCAGCACCUUCAAAACCUUCUUCUCCUGCACCCAAGGAGGAGCCACCCAAACAACAACCUCCUAAAGAGGAACCACCCAAACAACAACCGCCCCAAGAAGAAACUCCCACACUAGAGCCACAACCACCUAAACCAGAGCUAUCUCCGGAGCCAUGGUAG